CCGUUAAAUCGGACCAGCUCAUUUGAAACCCAAACAAACUCAACCAUGGCAACAGCCGCAUCUGCUUCCCUCUCACUUCUCCCUCCAAAACCCCAAAUCUCCAGCAAACGACAUGAAAAUCAACGUCGUCUCCUCCUACCCAAACUCUCUCGCAGAGACGCUGCCUUGCUCUCAUUCCUCGCUCUCGUCCCCUCCGCUCCUGCUUCUGCCUUCUCCGUCGGCAUCUCAGGACCGAAGGACUGGCUGAAAGAUCAAAAGAAGAAGGCUGCGAAAUAUAUAUUGGCUCCUAUCGAUGCCUCCCGUGAAAUCCUUCGCUCUGCCUAUCUCUUGCUAACGGACAGUCAAUCCGAAUUUAAGGAAGAGAAAUUAGAGGAAGUUCAAAGACUGUUAAAAUCUGCCGCUAGGGAUUGUGUUCCUCGAGAUAGGAAUUCGUUUGUUGCGUUUCAGGCUACUACAGGAGUGGAGGUUUGCACGUUUCGUUUGAUUGUGAAGAAUGCUGCUUCCUUACUUGAUAAAAAGGACCCUGCAAAGUUGGAAGCAGAAGCUAUUUUGGAUGAUCUUAUAAGAUCUUUCACUUCCCUUGAUGGUCUGGCGAAUGAAGCUAAUGUUCAACUUGCUUCUGACAGACAGAAGGUUGCUGAUGCACUCAUGAAUACUAUAUCUUCACUUGAUAAAUUCGAGCAGGGAGUGAAGGACUGCCUUGAAGCUUGACAAUUCAGGUCUUCUUCCAGAAUUAGAGCAUUCAGUUGUGGAAUUCACGUACAGGGACAGGAAGCUCUCUCUCUCGCUGGAGAAGAUAAACUACCCAUGCUUUCUAUUGACUUGUUAACCUGCACCAGCAUCGAUUGAUAUGGGUAAUAAGAAAAACUGUCCAGGAUGGCUCCAUUUUAUGAAAAUUCAAUAGACCGAUGAUUAUCUGUUCUUCUGUGAACAUAGUGACAAAAUGGACGCCAUACGAGAUAAGGUAUAAUGCAGUUUUGACUCAAUACAUGUAAAGGGUGUUUUGACCGAUGAUUGGACCGCAAUGCUUAAAUGAGACAAGGAGCCCUUUCAAGACUCUAAGAGCAUCUAAAACAGCUAAAUAGCUAUUUUAUUGUUUUUUUUUAUUAUUUAAAUUAUAUGUGAGAUGAAUAUUUAAGUGUAUUUUUUUCUAAUUAUUUAAUAACACAUUUAAGAAUUAAUUA